UUAAAUUACAAUAAAUAUAUAGACAGAAAAGUUAAACGCGGGUGCCGGACGUAUUUAACUCCGAUUCCUCUCUCACUUUCUCUCUCACACACAAAAACACAUACUAACUCAGCCUUUCGUUACUAUCUCUCUCACUCACUCCCACACAGUACACACUAAAGCCUAUUAGAUUUUUUUCUUUCUUUUCCGCACCCACCAAAACACACACUCUCUCUCUCUCCUCUUUCUCUCUCUAAUCUCUAUCCAUCGUUUUAACUCUAAAACCCUAACACCAACUUCAGAUCUGCUUCCGCAUUCGAUUUCUGAGUUCUUAAUUCCUCUGUUCUAUGCUUGUUCUACACUCUCAAUCUUCCCUGUAGCUAUGCAUUUCUAGUUGUGGUAGUAGCAGCUACAUAAAUGGCGAGCUCCGACCCUAGCAAGAAGCCCCGACCCGGACCAUGGCCACCCGCACCCGAUUCCGCCGCAAUGCCGCCUUCCUCCUGGGCUAAGCGCACUGGUUUCCGCCCUAAAUUCUCCGGCGAGACUAAUGCCAGUGACUCCGGUCAAAUUACCACUUUGCCCCUUCCCCCGGCUCAACCUCCGGUCCAGGAACAGGCUCAGGCGAAGCCCAAGCAACCGGAUAGUAACCUGGACCUUGAAGCUGGGCCGGUUGCCCCGAGGCAGGGCCCCACUUCCAACGGAGAGGCUGUAGUUGCGAGGGAUAGGGCGAAAGAGAAGGAUAAGGAGCUUACGCCGCCUGUGAGGAAACGGAGGGAAUCAGACGGCGGGAAGAAUUUGGGGGCGAACGGGCUGCCCACGGCUGGGGAGGGUAGUCGAAGAGCGAGGAAUGACGGAGCUGCCACGGUGGAUGUGCUGCCGCAGUCGCUGGACGACGAUGGGUUUAUUUCGAGGAAUUCGCACAUGAAAUACGAGCUUAGAGAUAGCCCUGGCCUUGUUCCCAUCGGUCUCUACGGAUUUCAACAUUUUCUUUCUAUCUUGGGUUCGUUGAUACUAAUCCCGCUCGUGAUAGUUCCGGCAAUGGGUGGCACCUAUGAAGAUACAGCAAACGUUGUUUCCACUGUGCUAUUCACUUCGGGAAUGACGACGCUUUUGCAUAUAUCGUUUGGGUCAAGAUUACCCUUGAUACAGGGUCCUUCCUUUGUUUAUCUUGCUCCUGUACUUGCAAUUAUCAACUCUCCAGAAUUUUUGGGGCUUAACGGAAAUAAUUUCAAGCACAUAAUGAAAGAGCUACAAGGGGCUAUAAUUAUUGGUUCAGCUUUUCAGGCCUUCUUGGGAUACAGUGGUUUGAUGAAAAUAUUACUAAGGUUAAUAAAUCCAGUUGUGGUGUCCCCUACCAUUGCGGCAAUCGGGCUUUCUUUCUACAGCUAUGGCUUCCCGCGAGUCGGCUCCUGUAUUGAAAUCGGUGUGCUGCAGAUAUUAUUAGUUAUUAUCUUUUCCCUUUACCUCCGUAAAGUAUCUGUAUUGGGUCACCGAGUCUUCCUAAUUUAUGCGGUUCCUCUUGGUCUGUUUAUUACAUGGGCUGCAGCCUUCCUUCUCACUGAAUCUGGAGUAUACAGCUACAAAGGCUGUGAUCCGAAUAUACCGGCCGCGAAUAUAAUAUCGGACCACUGCAGAAGACAUGUUUCAAGGAUGAAGAAUUGUCGAGUCGAUACUUCUCAUGCAUUCAGAUCUUCACCAUGGUUUAGAUUUCCUUACCCGUUGCAAUGGGGCACACCUGUCUUUCAUUGGAAGAUGGCCCUUGUAAUGUGUGUGGUGUCUAUUAUCUCGUCAGUUGAUUCCGUCGGUUCAUAUCACGCAACGGCAUUGUUGGUGGCAUCGAGACCUCCAACACCAGGUGUCUUGAGUCGAGGAAUCGGCCUCGAAGGUCUUUCCAGCAUUCUAGCUGCUAUAUGGGGAACCGGAACAGGGUCAACAACUUUGACUGAAAAUGUACACACCAUUGCAGUCACUAAAAUGGGAAGUCGAAGAGCAGUUGAAUUCGGUGCUUGUGCAAUGAUUGUCUUAUCUCUCAUAGGUAAAGUUGGGGGAAUUAUUGCAUCGAUACCCGAAGUAAUGGUUGCAGCUCUCUUGUGCUUCAUGUGGGCAAUGCUUACUGCAUUAGGGUUAUCGAAUCUAAGGUACAGCGAGGCAGGUAGUUCGAGGAACAUUAUAAUCGUGGGCCUGUCUUUAUUCUUCUCCCUAUCAGUACCCGCCUACUUUCAGCAGUAUGGCAUCUCUCCAAACUCGAACAUGUCCGUACCAAGUUAUUACCAGCCCUACGCCGUGGCUUCUCACGGUCCAAUUCAGACAAAAUCUGACGGGCUGAAUUACGUUCUGAAUACACUGCUUUCGCUUAAUAUGGUGAUUGCAUUCUUAGUGGCUGUCGUCCUGGAUAAUACGGUGCCUGGGAGUAGACAGGAACGAGGCGUAUAUACCUGGUCCGAAGCUGAGGCUGCUAGAAGAGAACCUGCUGUGUCGAAAGACUAUGAGUUGCCGUUUAGAGUUGGCAAAAUUUUCAGAUGGGUGAAAUGGGUUGGUUUUUAGGGUUGAAUUUUUUGUGGGAGUACAGUCUUGCAGAGAUGAGUUUGUGUAUAUUUGCUGAUUUUUUUUUUUCUUUUCACUUUUUUUUUUUUUUGGGAAACGAAAAUGGCGGCAGCGGCGUUGGUGGUCGUGGUGGUGGUUGGAGGGUGGAGAAUGGUAGAGUGAGUCAUGUGUUGUAAUAUUAAAUUGUGAAAGAUGGUGUAUGUUUAUAUUGAUGUCUCUUGCUUAUAACAUUUUUUAGAUGAGUUUUA